UCAGGCAGCAGGUUGGAAAACAGGAUAAGCUCUGAUCUGUUAGUGGGUGAGGCGCUGUGCUGCGUUCGUUCCAUUUUUUUUUUUUUUGGUGCACCACUUUCUGUCCGUUUGCACACUUUUGCAACUGUAACGUUUUGUGCGUACUGUUGCGCGACUUCGGAUCAACAGCGCACUUUUAUUGCGCGACGUUCCGAUGUACGGAAAUCGCAGCGUUUCUACACGCUGUCGCGGCGCGAGACUAAAAGUCGGUCAAGCGGAGAAGAAAAGUUGCAGAAGCGUUUUCCAGGAAAAGCGCUAUUUCGCGAAUACAAUGUGGAACAUUGUAACUGCGGCGUGAAUAGCCCUUUGCAGCACGUCGGUUUCGAUUAUUUCACCCGUGUCAACUCCCCUUUCGCCAUGUUUGCGGGCUUGGAAACUCGGGGUGAAAGUUAAGAGAGAGAGAGAGAGAGCGAGAGAGAGUUAUGACAUGUGUGGCGCACAAUCCCUUCAUGGAUCUGCAUGACUUUGAUCGCCACCAAAUGGAUUCUUCCGGGCCGCCAAUGGAAAACCAACUGUGUCAUUCAUAAGGUGCUGCAGCCUAAAGAGGAUGUGAAGAACAGGCUUGAAACUUGAACCGAGAUAAUACGUUUCCUAUCGGAUUCAUAUUUCCUUCCACAUGCCAGCUGUAACCAAAAGGCAAGCGCAGGAAGUAAAAGCACACUACGAGACCUGGACACCAAGAUCUUCUCGACAUGAGUCUUCCUCCUCAAAUGAGUACCGACAAGAGCAGCAAGCAUCCGGCAGUGGCGACCAUGAAAGAGCCCUUGCAGCAUUCGGGGGAGGCUUACUACGGACUGGGUCCUCCGUCUUUGGAGUCGAUCCAGAGUGACUCUGCCGGCAGCUCUGGUGUGUACAACCCAGAUAAAGGACCUCCGGUGCUGCCAUCCUAUCAGCAGGCCGCCCCGGUAAAGUGGGUGCACCAGGACUCCUUACAAGCUCCCGGCUGGCCUCAGGAAGCUCCUGGGCCAGGGUGGAGUCAGAACUUUGGGCCUUAUAUGGGCAGCGUGAACGCCCGGGGGCAGAUGGCGUUCCACAAGGUCGUCCAUGACCCUCUUCAGAUGGGCAGCGACAAUCAGCAGGUUUACAGAGAUGCCACCCGGGCUCCGGCUCAGAGCCGGGGGCUGGAGUGGGAGCAGCAUGCCAUGCAGCAGGCCCAGCUGCAAGCAUAUCAGCAGAAAGGUGUGGAGCUGCAGGGUGGGGCCCACGUGCCGGCUCACAACGCGCAGGGCUCCAUGCUGCAGCCCUUCCAGACGACGUUCAACAAGCAGCAGUUCCCGCAGGGAUACUACUCGGUUUUCCAAGGCGGCAAGGGACUGCAGGGUUUGCCUUACGGCGAGCAGCCUAAAAUGCAACAGCAACAGCUGCUUCAUCACUUACAGCAGCAACAACAACAACAGCAGCAGCAGCAGUUACAACAACAGCAGCAGCAGCAAUUGCAGAAACAGCAUCAACUCCAACUGCAACUUCAUCAGCAGCAGCAAAUGCAACAGCAACAAAUGCAGCAGAUGCAGCAACAGUACCACCAACGACAACAACAGCAGCAGCAGCAACAACAACUGCACGAGCGACAGCAACAAAUGCACAAAAUGCAGCAGCAGCAGCAGCAGCAAGCACAAAACAUCCCCCAGCCAGACACACAACCUCCCGAUUUCGUCACCUAUCCGCCUCCGGAACCCCGUCCGCCCGACACCGCGCCCAAAAAACAAGCGGCGCCCAUAGCGGAGCCUCAAAAGGAACUCCAACCUGAGCCGGAACCCUCAGAGGCAACGCCGGCCACCCUGAGACGCUCACGCCGCCUUUCCAGAGACGGGCAAUCCCCAUUGGCGCCGCCUUCGGUCAACAUGUGGCCUCAAGCGCCUAAGGAAACCUCCCAGAACGGAGUAGCUGUCGCACGAACAGGGGACGCCUCGGCCAACACGGGGGGAGUCAUCCAGAGCACCCGGAGGAAAAGGAGGGCGUCCAAGGAGAUCAACUUGGAGACUCUGGCCCAGAAGGCGUCUGAGAUGCCCUCCAUGCCUGAAGCGCUGUCUGCUUGCAAAACUGAGGGAGACGGUCCUCGAGGCAAACACGCCAACAUGGUCCCUUUAAUCAUGCCCGUGUCGGUGCCGGUGCACAGGAUUCUUCCGCCGGGUCAGGGCUCGUCGGCACACGGACGAGCGGGCCAGCCUGAGCGACCCUCCGCCACGUCUGACUGCAAACCGUCCGUCAUCGUGGCUUGUCGCAGAUCUCUCCGAAACUCGGUGACAGACAACUUUGAGCAGGAUGGAGAGAAUGAUCCCAGACUGGACGAGGAGGGGAAAAACAAACAAAAGCGAAGACCCCGACCGGAGCCUCUCAUCAUUCCUCCGCCCAGACCUUCCACGUUGAUCCCAGCGUCCGUCUACUCCAGUAUCAGCGCUUACCAAAGCAACCUGCGCUCUCCCAUCCGCUUGCCGGACAACCCUCUCGCCUUGCCCCCCUACACCCCCCCGCCCAUCCUAUCUCCCGUGCGAGAAGGCUCAGGACUCUACUUCUCCACGUUCCUCACCAACUUUGCCGUGAGCAACCAAAUCCUCCCGCCGCCCGCGACACCCAAGACGGUCAGCAGAAGCCUCCUGCGCUCCACAAGUUCAGACAUCACACCGCCCGUUCUGCCCUUGAUCACAGACGCCACGCCUGUUAGCCUCGAGCCGCGCAUCAACAUCGGACAGCAGCACCAAGCGGAAAUUCCCGAGUUGCGACACCAGCCUUUGGCUCAAUUGGACCCGCGCAAGGCGGACUUGGUUUGGCUUCCUUUGCACGACGGCCAUCUUAAACACACAGAACCCGAUAGUGUGGAGAAUCUGAUGAACAUGGCGUGUUCCAGUGUGCUCAGCGGAGGAGGAACCAACCAGGAGUUGGCUCUGCAUUGUUUACAUGAAAGUGGAGGAGAUUGCAUGGAGACCCUCAGACGUUUACUGCAUCAGGAACCAAUCUUCCAUAAAGGUCAUCACCUGGCCGAUUAUCACUACUCAGGUUCCGAUCACUGGAGUGCGGAAGAAAAGCAUUACUUCAACAAAGGGAUGUCUGCCUACUGCAAGGACUUUAUCUUGGUGCAGAAACUGGUGCAAACCAAGACGGUGGCUCAGUGCGUUGAGUUUUACUACUCGUACAAAAAGCAGGUGAAGAUUGCACGCAAUGGGAUUUUAACCUACGGCCCUUCGAACUCGCCGACGGAGAAAUACACGGAGGCUGUAGUGGACAUUAAGCAGUCGAAACCGAGCCACCUACAAAUGGACGACAAGACGGAGCUUUCUCAUGAGCAGGAGAGCAAUCAGCGAGUGAUGGUGGCUCGCUCACUACAAACACACGACUAUGCGGGUAGCACGCUGCUGGUCAAAGAGCCAGAGAACAUCGUCAAGGAUGCUGCCUACACAUCAGCUCCACACAAGCCUCGGAGUGACUCCGCAGCAAAGAAGGCCAAGGUGCCAGUAAAGCCCACGCAAGAUCCUGACGCAGUAUUUCCAUGCAAGAAGUGUGGCAGGGUGUUCAACAAAGUGAAGAGUCGCAGCGCCCACAUGAAGAGCCAUGCCGAGCAAGAGAAAAAAGCUGCAGCUUUGCGCCAAAGGGCGGCGGAGGAGCAAGCGGCAGCGGCCGCCGCCCAAGCUCGCAAGGAGGCUUUGCUAGCCGUAGCGGCGGCGGCAUCUCACCGAGGCGGGAACGGAAUGGAGAGCCAGGAGGAACCGAGCUCACAGGAGGAUUCAUCGGAGGGGGACGAGGACAACAACGACAAGGACUGGCGCUGAGACCAAAUUGAAAUUUUGGAUUGGAAGGGACGACGGACGAGAAGAUCAACAAGAGCAGAAUAAGCACAAGUCUUCCUGUGGAACUCUUGCACUCCCAUCCUGGUUGAUAAAAGACGGUUUGUAAACAUCAACCAGGCCGGCACUCCAUAUUUUCACAUAUUUGUAUCAUUUUAAAUAAUAUAAAUGACUAUUUUUGUCUAAAUGCACUUCUGCAGUACGCUUUUGCCAAUGAUGCCUUUUUACAGUACUGUAUAUUCUUUAUUUAAUUAACUUUUUAUUUGGGGGGGGGGCGAUCAAACACCAGGCGUUUAUAGGAUAGGGAUUUUUCCUGGGUUGGUUUGUAUUGAUCUG